AUGACUUCCAAGCUGAACCCACUGCGUUUCUGCCGCACUCUCAGUAUACGGUCGCAGCCAUUACUGUCCUGUCCAGAGCAGCGAGCGCACCUUCCCAUCGGCCGCAGAUGUCUCUCAAAUGACACCACAACUAGAUCACACAACCCCGACCACUCAAUACCGCCAGCAGAUGGAGGAGAGCCUACCAUUGCGGCCGAAUACGUGCGCCCGCCACCGGAAUAUUUUGCGCCCAACUUCUUGAAUGCAGAAGCAGUAGCACGCCUCGAGAAGAUUGCUGCCGGCCAGGAUCUCUACGAUGAGGACCCGGGACACAAGUUCGGCAUGCCCACGCCGCCAGGCAAGAAUGAUCAUUUACAAAAUCGCUACUCGCCAGUUAUUACCCAAUUCACCAAACUUCUCAUGCGAGAUGGCAAACUCAGUGUCGCACAAAGGAACAUGUCUCUAAUCCUCAACUAUCUCCGCAUGUCCUCCGCACCUAAAGUCUCUCCCUUGAGGCCUCUCCUCCCCGGGUCCCCGCCCCCGGAGCACCUUCCCCUAAACCCAGAGCUAUACCUCACCCUGGCCAUCGACAGCGUGGCGCCCCUGCUGCGCGUUCGCAACAUGAAGGGCAUGGCCGGUGGCGGUAUGGCUCUUGAGCUGCCCGAGCCCUUGGCUGCACGCCAACGGCGGCGCAUCGCCAUUAUGUGGAUUUUGGACGCCGUGAACAAGAAGAAGUCGACGGGCAGUGGUCGCACGCAGUUCGCUAACCGGAUUGCCGAGGAGCUCGUCUCGGUCGUUGAGGGUAGGUCGACGGUGUGGACGAAGAGGGAGAUGGUACAUAAGCUGGGCACGUCGGCACGAGCCAACUUGAACCAUCCGGCUGUUGCGAACAAGAGAGGUCGGAGUUAG